GUUUGCUGGGAUUAUUAGAUUUUGUUUUAAAAAUGGAAAAAUAGGGGACAAGCGCAAAUCUUUAAAUUACAUAAUAUUAUAGAGUUGUGUUAGAAAACGUGAAAAAAAAAUGACGUGACAAAUGUAAUUAUUUUUUAACGCAAUCCAUCGAAUUCGUUCCCUCGGAAUUGUUACUUUAUUACAAGUGGGAUUUUCUCUUUUCCAGGGAAUCGCAAUUUCGCGAUUGUUGCACGCGAGGUGUUGCCCAUGCGAAUCGCUGGAGUCGUUGUUAACUGCGGGAACGCCUCGGGGCCGCAGAGGACGAGAGGGUCCCUUUACGUCGGCGUCGUCGGUGGGGCCCCACGUAUAUGUACGGCCGCGUUAUUUUCUCGCUGAGAUAAGAUCGACGCCGCUAAAAAUAGCUCACGCACACCAUCAGGCGAUUACCAAGCAGCGAGAGAACAUAUUCCCGAGGCUCGGAAACUACAUGGUGCUGCCAUCUGUGACACAUUUGGCAAACUACUACGUCAUUUCGCGCUCGACCUGUCAGAAUGGUAUUGACUUUACCGACAGAAUCAAUUGCGUGAUUUACACGGAAUAUCACGCGAUAACAGAUUGUUCCUCGUGAAACAGAAAUAAAAAGGAGGCAAUGUCUACGAGAAUAACGGACAUCUUUAAUUCUUUUCAAGAUUAUCUGAACAAUGAACAAGAAAUACGCGAGCAAAUCCGCGUUAUUGUCAAGGAUAUUGAGAAGAGUGCCAGAGAUAUUUUGAUGAUAUUACAAAAUAUUCACAACACGGUGCACGAUACGGUAGAUGAGAAUAUAGUUGUAGCAGAAUAUUGUACAAAGGCAAGAGAAAUAUUUGGAGAAGUGAGGAUACAAUAUGCAAAUCUGGCUAAAGUAGUACCGAGUAAUCAGUAUUAUCGCUAUCACGAUCAAUGGCGUUUUGUUACUCAGAGGCUAUGCUUUCUAGUUGCUCUAGUUAUAUAUUUAGAAGUUAAAGUUUUAGUCACCAAAGCCACUGUCGCAGAAAUAUUAGGAGUAAAGGAUAAGAGAGAGGAAGGUUUUCAUCUAGAUCUGGAAGAUUUUUUAUUGGGCCUACUUCAAUUGUCUGCCGAAUUGAGCCGUUUCGCCGUAAACAGUGUCACCAAUGGUGAUUACGAUCGGCCAAUAGAAAUUGCAAGGUUUGUCAAUGAAUUAAAUGCUGGUUUUCGAUUAUUGAACUUAAAGAACGAUAUGUUGAGAAAACGUUUUGACGCCCUUAAAUAUGACGUAAAAAAGAUCGAAGAAGUAGUAUACGAUUUAUGUAUUCGCGGUUUAAAACCAUCUCCUCGGCCUACCGAAGAAGCACCUACUGUAUAAAUCUUUUUUAUAACUU